UGUCAUCGUAUUCCGAUAAAGAACUGACUUUUCCUGAAGGAAAAUAAUUUCUCACUACAUCUACAUAAACCUACGUAUUUAUAACCAUGGAUUAAUAUAUCAUAACUAUUAUAGGUACUAAUCUGUGGCAUUUAUUUACUGUGUAAAACAAUGCAAAGUAAAUAAUCAAAAUAGUGGUACACAAUCGCUAGUAGUAUUAAGAAAUAGUGAUACAAAACAGAAACAAGAAAGCAUAAAAUGGAUAACGAAUUUAUAGAUAUAUCGACAAGUCUCAAACUACAACUGGGCUAUGGAAUUGGUCACAUACUUAAUGAUGUUUGUGCCAGUUUGUGGUUUACAUAUUUUCUAGUAUAUUUUAAACUAGUACUAGAGUUCAGUAAUGUGCAGUCUGGUACACUUAUGUUAGUAGGUCAAAUGGUUGAUGCUUUAGCCACUCCUUUUAUUGGUUAUCACUCGGAUCAUACAGACAAUUUCUGGAGUGCAAAAUAUGGAAGACGGAAGCUCUGGCAUUUGUUUGGUACAAUCUGUGUUGUGACCUCAUUUCCAUUUAUCUUUUCUGAAUGUGUUGGAUGUUCAUUGACACACAGAUGGGCUCAAAUGUACUAUUUUGCUGCUUUUAUUGUCAUAUUCCAAAUUGAAUGGGCAGCAGUGCAAAUUUCGCAUUUGAGCCUAAUACCUGAAUUAGCACAAGAUGACCACACAAGAACACACUUGACCGCUAUCAGAUAUGCAUUCACUGUGUUCUCUAAUUUGUUGGUGUACAUUGCUACGUGGAUAAUAUUGCAUAUUACAGGAGAAUGUGACAAAAAGCAAGUAGGGCCAUCUGACAGUUGGAAAUUCAGGCACAUAGUUUUUAUAGUUAUGGGUGUUGGCACUAUAGCCUCACUAUUGUUUCAUUUAAGUGUCAAAGAAACACAAAAUGCACGGAGUCGCCAGGUUUUAAUAGAUGCUGAAGAAAGCGGUGCUCACAACCUUUUCAUUCGUAAACCACUUUUAUAUCAGGUAGCCGGAGUUUAUAUGAGUACAAGGCUAGUAGUUAACUUAUCGCAGGUGCUCAUACCCUUAUAUCUUCACCUUACUUUAGGCCUAGCUGCGCGCGCUCUAGCUGCUAUACCACUCGCACUGUACAUUGGUAGUUUAACAGCAGCAGGAUUUCAGAGGUUGGCUCCGAGAUCAUUUUCAAGAAAAAUAAACUACUUUUUUGGUUCCACAUGUGCAAUGGCUGGUUUUGUAUGGAUAUAUUUUGGAUCAGAUCACAACUAUAAGGAGUAUUUCAUUUAUUUGGUCGCAUUAUUUAUAGGUUUUGGUGGUGCAGUUAUGUUAGUAACGAGUCUGGCGCUAACAGCAGACUUGAUAGGCGAAAGAACCGAGGCUUCUGCUUUUGUAUAUGGAUUAAUGAGUUUCAGUGACAAAUUGUCGUGUGGACUAGCCAUUGCUUUAGUGCAAACAUAUGCCGACGGAGCUGAAUCAACAUACUAUCGGAAUGCUUUGGUGUGGGUGUGCGGAGUUGCAACGAUAACCGGCCUCAUCUUUACAUUAUUAUUACCUAAAUUUCAAACAGAUGCCCUUGUUUUGAAUGAUGGUGCGGCAGACAGUAACACAGAAGAUGCGACGAGUGCACCAAUAGAUAAUAUAUGAAUGCAUUCCAAUAAAAUUAAUAUAA